AAAUAAAUAUCGGGGCUUUUAUUUGGUUUCCACUAGUUGCCACAAAGACGCUAUAUCGUAAUAAUUCAUGGAGAAAAAAAAACUUUUAUUUUUGUCUUAAUUGAAGGUAAGGCAUAAUGUUAAAGAAGAGAAAUGGUAGAAAUAGGCACGGUGUGUGGCUUUGGGAACUAGUAACGACAAUUUCCUUUUGACAGGAACUUCCGCAUGUAGCUAAAUCCGCUUCUAGUAAAUUUCCCUUCCAGUCAUUUCUAGUCCGCUUCUAGUAAAUUCUACGGCGAGUGCGCAAGCUCCUUGCAUUUCAAAACGAGUUUUCGAGAAAAACCAGGAGUCCUAAAACCAAGCUCACUGGCGCUCAGGUACAUUUCUACGGCCAUAACGCAGUUUUAGAUAUAUGAAAUACAAAGGAUUUACAGUCGGUUUAGCUAAGGUUAAUGUUUUGGUUAGCGAUUAAUUGAAUUUGUCAGUUAAAAAUACAUACAUAGUAGCUACACUUUGCCAUCUAGGUUGAUAUUACCAACGUUAGCCUGUGGCUAGCUGUGUAGCUAACGUAGCUUUUCGUCACGUUUCAUCCUUUUUGGUUAUAAGCAUUUGUAAUUCAUUUAACUAGUUAGUUAGCUGACGUUAGCCAGCUUUAGGAAAUCAUUUUGAACAGUUUUUUUUUGGUAGUAGCUAGCAAAUAACAUUAGCUACUGUAGCUAACCCAUUAACUAGACACCGCUGUCAUCAUGGCGAAAUGGGGAGAAGGGGAUCCACGCUGGAUCGUGGAGGAGAGAGCCGAUGCAACAAACGUCAAUAACUGGCAUUGGACUGAACGAGAUGUGACCGGCUGGUCAACAGACAAGCUGAAGGAGCUUCUAUUGGGGCUGCGCGUGGAGGGCCCAGAGGGGAGCUGCGAAGUCACUGACAUCCCCAAUCUGGACGGUGAGGCAUCCAUCAACAACCGCAAGGGGAAGCUCAUCUACUUCUACGAGUGGAACGUCAAGGCGACGUGGACUGGAACAUCAAAAUCCGGAAUCAAGUACAAAGGGAACAUCGAAGUUCCCAACCUCUCUGAUGAAAAUGACAUGGACGACCUAGAUAUCAGUGUGUCACUUUGCAAAGAUGAACCCAACACAACCCUCACCGAACUCAUGAAGAAGGAGGGAGCGAAGAAAGUGCGCGCUGCCCUGGGGAGCUAUGUGGACCACCUCAAAUCCGAGUUCACUCAGGGCAUGAUCCUCCCAACGGCGAAUGGAGUGGCGAGCAAGCCACAGCCAACGCAGACAAAGGUCAAAGUGGACAAAACCCAGAUUGGAUCCUCCGUAUCAGCCCCCUCUCCUAGCACAGGGGUCAAGAUCCCCACCUGCAAGUUUAGUCUCAAGGAGACCUUCCUCACCUCACCUGACGAGCUGUACAGAACCUUCAUCAACCAGGACAUGGUCCAGGCGUUCACCCAUGCUGCAGCAGUGGUCGAUGGAGACAAAGGAGGGAAGUUUCAGCUGCUAGAGGGAAGCGUCAACGGAGAGUUUCUGGAGCUGGUCCCAGAUGAAAAGAUAGUUAUGAAAUGGAGGUUCAAGACCUGGCCAUGUGAGCACUAUGCAACUAUUACCCUGAACAUGAAGGAUAGAGGCAAUGAGACUGAGCUGAAGGUAGAAUUUAAAGGAGUCCCGACGGUAGAGGAGGAUCGGACAAAGGAGGGUUGGAAGAGACACUACUUUGAAGCCAUCAAACAGACUUUUGGAUUCGGGGCCCGACUCUACUGAAUAAUGUAAAAAUAAAAAAAAAUAGGAAAAAAAAACUGAUUAUUUAAUGUGGAUGAAUACUCUCUUUAGUGCAGUCUCUUGUAGCACCAGCCCUACAUCGUGCGUAGACAAACGGUGCCUUUUCCACUUGGAAGACUGGCAGUCCGUGUAAGGGUCAUUGGUUCAAGGCUUUCUUUGAUGUCUGUGCUUACUUUACUGAGUCUAUAGGCAAAAUGAGAUGUAGAAACAAUUACUCGAUCGACAGUAUAUUUGGAAUUAACUAUUAGCAUUCUCAAUCUCCAAUUCUGCACAUUUGAAGUGUGUCAUGCUGAAAUAAAUUACAUUUUUACUGAA